GGUGACAAGCGCGAGCGACAGCCUGGCGCAUGUGCUGCAUAUAAAUACGAGCAUGCUUUCGUGAUCCCCCAAGGUAGUCUCCUGGCAGCUCCUGCAACAGUGGUGCGGCGUUUGCGCGAUGGUGUUUCUCCGAGGUCUCCUGGUUCUGCUCCCCGUACUGGCGACGUCCUUCGCACAGAUCAGACGACCGAACGCGAAUAUCCCCAGGCCUCCUGCCCUGCGUCCCCUGACGGGACUUGACGGGCCUGUCUACCAUGUCUCGACAGGCACGGUGCUUCCUCCGCUGAACACCACGUAUUACUUCGAUCAGCUCAUCGACCACACGAACCCAAGCUUAGGCACGUUCAAGCAACGUUACUGGCAUACAUGGGAAUGGUACGAAGAAGGAGACACUGGGUAUCUGGGAAACCGCAGCAUCAAUGGCCAGCUCGCCCAGCAAGAACACGGCGCCACGAUCGUGCUCGAGCAUCGUUAUUACGGCCUUUCCAAUCCAUUCUCGGACAUGUCGGACAGGAGCCUCAAGUACCACACCAUUCAGCAGGCUAUAGAUGAUCUCGAGUAUUUCGCCGAUAACGUCAAACUGCCAAUGCCAGGUGGCGACAACGUUGGCCCCACCGAGGCUCCGUGGGUUCUGAUCGGAGGAAGCUACUCUGGAGCACUGACAAGCUGGACCAUGGUGAACAAGCCUGGCGUGUUCAGGGCCGGCUACGCAUCGUCCGCAGUCGUCGAGGCCAUGGUCGACUUCUGGCAGUAUUUCGAGCCGGUUCGCCAGAACAUGCCUCAGAACUGCUCGGCGGAUGUCGAAGCCGUGAUCGCCCACAUCGACAACGUCUUCACCUCCGGGAACCAGUCUCAAAUCAAUCACAUUAAAGAGCUCUUCGGCCUCUCUGAGCUGACGCAUCUGGACGAUGUCGCUGGUGCCCUGCGCUAUAACCUCUGGGACUGGCAGAGCCUGGCGCCGGAUACAGGCCCCAACAGCACGUUCUUCGAGUUCUGCGAUGCGCUCGAGGUCAAGAACGGUACCAGCGCGCCUGUAUCCGGCUGGGGAGUUGACCAUGCGUUGCCAGCAUGGGGUGCAUUCUGGACGAACGGCUACUUGGAUAAUCUAUGUAGUGACAGUAUAGCUGACUGUCUCGGCACCUAUAAUAUGUCUAACCAGCUGUACACUAACAUCUCUAUCGGAAACGAUAACCGGGCGUGGACAUGGAUCGUAUGUAAUAACGUUGGGUGGUACCAGGAAAGCCCGCCUGCUGGUUACCCUAGCGUUGUAACCCAGCUCGUCAAGCCUUCAUACGACGAGAGACAAUGCGCGUACUUCUUCCCGGAGACGUUCCCGAACGGCUCACUGCCCGUUCCUAACGUCGCGCAGACGAACGUGGCCUACGACGGCUGGGGCGUGCAAGUCAACCAGCUGUUCUUCGCCAACGGCAGGCGCGACCCGUGGAAGUACGCGACCGUGUCCUCGCCGGACACCUUCGUCCCGAGCACAGCGGAACAGCCCAUCGCGCUCAGCGACGGCUUCCACUGCUCGGACUUGGUGACUGCGAACGGCGAAGCCGACGCGACCGUGAAGGCCGUCCAGCAGCAGGGUCUUCAGGCUAUACACGGCUGGCUGCAGGGCUUCAAGCCUGCGAAGCGUGAAACUCGCAAGGUGUCGAGGGUCGAGUAUGAGAGGGAGAUGCUGUGAGGAUGGUGUGCGGCUGGUUUCCUCUCUCGAAGCGGUGUUCUUUAUUAUGGGUAUCAUGCCUAUUUAUUCAUUUGCU